AUGGAAGCGGUUGACAUGGAGAUGGACACUUCCCAACAAAACUCUUCUGAUCCUCUCUUGUUUGCCAGAAGCUACCAGGUCGAAGCACUAGAGAAAGCUAUCAACCAAAACACGAUAGCUUACUUGGAAACCGGCUCCGGCAAGACACUGAUCGCCAUCAUGCUUCUCCGAUACUACGCCUGCCUUAUUCGGAAGCCUUCGUCCUUUUUUGCCGUCUUCUUGGUUCCCCAAGUAGUCCUGGUUAAACAACAAGCUGAUGCUCUGGAAAUGCAUACGGACUUGAAAGUGGGCAAAUACUGGGGAGACAUGGAGGUCGACUUUUGGGAUGGUGCGAAAUGGAACCAAGAAUUCGAGACAUAUGAGGUGCUUGUUAUGACGCCUCAACUUUUACUCAAUGGAUUGCGCCAUGGAUACUUCAAAAUGAACAUGAUAAAGGUACUCAUAAUGGAUGAAUGCCACCAUGCCAAAGGAAUGCACCCUUAUGCUUCCAUCAUGAGAGAAUUCUAUCAUCGUCAUUCGGAAAGCGGUGUAUCUAACCUUCCUAGGAUCUUUGGGAUGACUGCUUCCCCUAUUAACACAAAAGGGGAAAGAUCGGCUGAUGGCUAUUGGAGGAAGAUCCAUGAGCUGGAAACAAUCAUGAAUUCAAAGGUAUAUACAUGUACAAGUGAAUCAGUACUUGCUCAGUUUGUUCCAUUUUCGACUCCAAAGUUCAAGUUUUACAAGCAUAUGAAAAUACCAAAUGACAUGUAUACACACUUGGAGAAGGAACUAGAUGAUUUAAAAGUGAAGCAUGAAUGUUCGUUGGACAGUUUGGAUCUUGAAGCUUCUGCAGUAACGUCUGCAACGAAAAAGAUAUCGAAGAUACAUUCGGUUUUAAUAUACUGUUUAAACGAGCUCGGUGUCUGGUUGGCUUUUAAGGCUGCAGAGUACUUGUCAUGUUCUGAAAAUGAGUUUCUUCCAUGGGAGAGAUUGGAAGUGUGUGCUGAGAAAAUUAUUAGGAAAUUCAGUUCGGAUGCUUUCCGUGCAAUUAAACCGUGCUUACCAUCUGGUCCAGAUUGGACCAUUGGUGAUGAUAUUAAAGGCAGCGUGGAUGCCGGGUUUCUGACCACAAAAGUUUUAUGCCUUACUGAAUCUCUUUUCGAAUACAGGGCGUUGAAGGACAUAAGAUGUAUAAUUUUUGUACAACGGGUUUUGACAACCAUUGUACUUCAGUCGCUACUGAGUGAAUUGCUUCCGAAGUACAGUAGUUGGAAGGCUAAAUACAUUGCAGGAACUAGCUCCGGAUUGUUAAACCAGACUAGAACAAAACAAAAUGACAUUGUAGAAGAAUUCCGUAAAGGGAUGAUUAACAUAAUCGUUGCAACUUCGAUCCUCGAAGAAGGGUUGGAUGUCCAAUCCUGCAACUUAAUAAUCAGAUUUGAUCCUUCAUCGAACAUUUGUAGUUUCAUACAGUCUCGAGGACGUGCUCGAAUGCAGAAUUCAGAUUAUCUAUUAAUGGUGGAGAGCGGGGAUUCGAGAACACUAUCUCGACUGCAGGAGUAUCUUGCUUGUGGAGAAGUAAUGCGAAAGGAAUCGUUAAGCCACGCAUCCGAUCCGUGUUCUCCUCUAACUAACGACUCGUAUGAUGAAGAGUUCUACCGAGUUGAAAGUACAGGGGCACGUAUGACUCCUAGUUCCAGUGUUGGUCUGAUACGCUACUAUUGCUCACGUCUCCCUGGAGACAUGUACUUUAAACCGAGCCCGAGGUGUGUCGAAGACAAGGAAAUGGGGAUUUGCACCAUCCAUUUACCCAAGAGUUGUCCUAUACAAAUUGGUUCUGUCAAGGGAAAUAAUAGUAAAAACCUCAAGAAAAAGGCAUGCUUUGAAGCAUGCAAGCAACUCCAUCAAAUUGGUGCUUUAACAGAUCACCUUGUGCCUGAUGUUGUUGAAGAAAAGGAUGUGGAAGAAACUGGGAAGGAACCCUAUAAUGAUGAUCAACCUAUUUUCUAUCCACCUGAGCUGGUUACUCAGGGAUCACAGGAGCCACUGGCAAAGUAUUACUGCUACUUAAUGGAGUUGAAUCAGAACUUCGACUGCGAGUUUCCUGUUCAUAACGUCGUGCUUCUCUUGAGGAAUCAGCUUGAAAUGGAUGAAAGAAGUGUGGAAUUUGAAAUGGAAGUUGAUAGGGGUGCUUUAACAGUUAACUUGAAACAUAUUGGAUCAAUUAGUCUUUAUUCGGACCAGAUUAUAGUGUGUAGAAGGUUUCAGAUCGCCGUUUUUCGAGUUCUUAUGGACCGUAAAGCAGAGAAGUUGACAGAGAUGUUGUGUGACCUUACUUCAGGGAACUCUGACAUUGAUUUUCUUCUUCUUCCAUCAAAUUACGUGGACCAGAAACCUGCCAUUGAUUGGUUCGCAGUUUCUUCUGUCUUGUUUUCUUAUGAAAAUGUCUGGAAUCGUCACAAGAACUGUAAUGCUGGUCUGAUACAGACCAAAAGUGGCAUGUUAUGCGCUUGCAUGAUUGAGAAUUCGUUGGUCUCUACCCCUCACAAUGGCCAUGUCUAUAUCAUCAAUGGUUUUCGAAACAAUUUAAAUGCGAAUUCGGUGUUGAAGAUGAGUGAUGGAAGCGAAAUGACCUACAAGGAGUAUUAUCGACAACGGCAUGGUAUUCGAUUACGUUUCGAUCAAGUCAGUUUCCUUUCGGCACGAGACAUUUUCCCUGUACGUAAUCACCUUCAAAGGUGCAGAAAACAGAAGGAGAAAGAAUCAAGUAAUGCAUUUGUAGAAUUGCCUCCUGAACUUUGUGAUGUCCUCAUGUCUCCCAUAUCGAUUAGCACGUUUUAUUCUUUCGCAUUCGUUCCAUCGAUCAUGCAUCGGAUCGAGUCUUUACUCCUUGCUACCAGCUUGGGAAGGAUGAUUCAUCCGGUUCACUGCGUGCAGAAUGUUGCUAUUCCAACCAUGAAGGUUUUGGAGGCAAUUACAACCAAGAAGUGCCAGGAAAGUUUUCAUUUGGAAUCGCUGGAGACACUCGGCGACUCUUUUCUGAAGUACGCCGUUUGCCGGAAGCUAUUCCAAACACAUCAAAAUCAUCACGAGGGCCUUCUCAGUAUCAAGAAGGACAGAAUCGUUUCAAACGCAGCUCUUUGCUUCCUAGGGUGUAACAAGAAGCUUCCGGGAUUUAUCCGCUAUGAGCCUUUCGAUCCGAAAAGUUGGAUGAUUCCUGGUUGUCGUUCAGGAAUUUAUACUUCUUUCAAUGAGGAGACGCUUUGCAACUCAAGAAAAAUGUAUGUUAGUGGGAGAAGAAAGGUGAGAAGUAAAAAGAUUGCUGACGUUGUCGAGGCACUUAUCGGUGCAUAUCUUAGCACCGGAGGCGAAGCCGCCGCCUUAUCAUUUAUGAAGUGGCUCGGUAUAACUACCGAGGUUCCGGACAUACAGGAUGAACGACGAUUUGAAGUGCAGGCUCAAAAUUUUGUUAAUGUCCGGUACUUGGAAUCACUUCUGAAAUAUUCAUUCAAAGACUCAUCUGUGUUGGUGGAAUCACUAACACAUGGGUCUUACAUGCUUCCUGCUAUUCCGGGAUGCUAUCAGCGGCUGGAGUUUCUUGGGGAUUCUGUUCUAGACUACCUCAUUACUCUGUAUUUUUACAACAAAUAUCCCGGCAUCGUGCCGGGAUUGUUAACCGAUCUGAGGUCGGCAUCGGUUAACAACAACUGCUACGCGUUAUCGGCCGUCAAGGCCGGGUUGCAUAAGCACAUUCUCCAUGCUUCGCAGAAGCUACACAAGGACAUGAAAGAAACUGUCCAAAGUUUCCAUGAAUCAUCGUUGGAACAUACUUUUGGUUGGGAAUCAGAAAAAUCUUUCCCCAAGGUACUCGGGGACGUGAUGGAGUCGCUCGCCGGUGCCAUACUCGUCGACUCGGGGUACGAUAAAGACAUCGUGUUCCGGUGUAUAAGGCCGCUGUUGGAGCCGAUGAUCACCCCCGAAACAAUGACGGUUCACCCCGUGAAAGAGCUGUACGACCUGUGUCAGAAAGAACAUUAUGAACUAAGAAAACGGGUCGUCUCACGCGACGAUGGCGUUUCUUCGAUCACGAUCGAGGUCGAAGCGAAUGGCAGGGUGUUCAAGCACACAUCCACAGCUUCGAAUAAAAAGAUGGCGAAGAAACUGGCUUCCAAAGAAGUUCUGAAAUCCGUAAAGGCGGCUAAUUUUAGCUAGCU